AUGGGUCAUUGUAGACUUGGUGCAGUCAUUGGUUGUGUGGUCAUUACAUUCCAGUUUAGUGUUCCCAAUGGCCAGGUAGCUCAGUGGUUAGAGCUGCUGGUAUAUAUCCAGAUGGUCCAGGGUUCAAUCCCCUGUCUGGUCGCUUUUCCAACCUUUAACAAAAAUUGCACAUGGGACAUUGUCAAACUACCUCCAGGAAAGACAGCCAUUGGAUCUCAUUGGAUAUGGAAAGUCAAGUACAAGGCAGAUGGUGAAGUUGAACGGUUAAAAGCACGCUUGGUGGCACAAGGGUUCAGCCAACAACCUGGCCAGGACUACUUUGAGACAUUUGCAUCUACCAUGAGGGCUGCAACACUUCGUAUUGUAUUGGCACUAGCUGCAAUUGAUGACAUGCAUUUACGUUCUGUUGAUAUCUCAUAUGCAUUGACCAAUGGGGACAUUGAUGUUGAAAUCUACAUGAAGCAGCCUGAAGAGUUUGUGCAAUUUGGCAAAGAGUAUGUCUGCAAGCUGAACAAGUCUCUGUAUGGGUUAAAGCAAUCAGCACGGUUGUGGAGUGAGAAGCUCACCAAAGUCUUAUUGGAAAUGGGAUUCAAGAAGACCUACAGUGAUGCUUCACUCUUCAUCUUUGAUCGAGAUGGUUACGAGUUCUUACAUUAG